AUACGACAGCUUCCGGUGGUGUGUGUGAAGGCAAAAUCUUAUUUCGGUUCUUGAAAACACAAAUGCUUAUCUGCGUAAUGGGGUUACAAAGAACUCUGAAUUAUUUUCAAAGGAUCUUAAGUUUAAGAUCCACGUCUGUGGUGCCUAGCUCGAUGUUUGGAGAGGCCUCGCAGUCACGAUCUCAUCUAUUUACUACGCCGAUAUUUUACGUUAAUGCCGGUCCACAUUUAGGACAUGUGUAUUCUGCUGUUCAAGCUGAUGUGCAAUAUCGGUAUGCAACUCUUUGCGGAGAGGACGCCCGGUUGAGCACAGGUACAGAUGAGCAUGGCAUGAAGGUACAGCAGACAGCAGUGGCUCUGGGUGCAGACCUGCACACUCUCUGUUCAUCGGUCUCUCAUCAGUUCCGUUCGGUAUUUGACUCUCUUGACAUCUCUUAUACUGAUUUUGUGCGUACCUCUGAGUCCCACCAUGCACAAGCUGUAAAAAGAUUCUGGUUGACCCUCGAAGAAAAGGGGUACAUUUACAAGGGAAUAUACCAGGGGUGGUAUUGCACUUCUGAUGAAGCAUUCUUGAGUGAAGAACAAACUGCAGAGGGAAGAGACCCUAACGGAAACCAAAUCAGAGUCUCUGUAGAGAGUGGACAUCAGGUGCAUUGGAUGAGCGAGGAGAAUUAUAUGUUUCGCUUGUCUUCCCUACGUCCUUUGCUGUUGCGUUGGCUGCAGUCCGAUCCUAUACGCCCUACCAAAUUCCUCCGUGUGGUACACCACUGGUUAGAGGAUGAUCUUCCAGACCUGUCUGUCUCUCGCCACCGUAGCCGUCUAUCAUGGGGUAUCCCUGUGCCUUCUGAUCCAUCACAUGUCAUCUAUGUCUGGUUGGAUGCUCUGGUCAAUUACCUGACUGCUGCAGGAUAUCCUGACCCACAUUUGGCACCUUGGGGCCCAUCCACCCACAUCUUGGGAAAGGAUAUACUCCGCUUUCAUGCUAUAUACUGGCCAGCAUUCUUGCUUGCUGCAGGCCUGCCCCCACCACGGACAUUAUUUGUACAUUCACACUGGACCUGUAAAGGGGUUAAGAUGUCCAAAAGCCUACAGAAUGUUGUGGACCCAAUUGAAUGCAUGAGACGCUACACAAGAGAUGGCCUACGCUAUUACUUGCUGCGCAAUGGUGCCCCGGAACGGGAUUGUGAUUUUAAUCAUCAUGCUGUCCAUGCACUGUUGAAUGCCGAACUUGCAGAUGCUCUGGGGGGACUACUGAACCGAUGUACAGCACAUGCUAUAAAUCCCAUGCAGCACUUUCCAAAAUACUACCCAAACAGUAUUCCGUUGUCUGCUCAUGGCCAGUUAAAUGAUUUACUGAGGUCACUGCAGGAGCUUCCAUCAGAAGUGGAGCAACGAGUGAAGACAUUUCACGUAAACAAGGCCUUGGAGGCAAUAUAUGCCAGAGUACGUCAGACUAAUGCUUUUUUCCAGAGUCAGGCUCCUUGGAAGCUGUGCGGAGGAAUAAAAGAAGAGUCUGAAUGGGGUGACUCUGUACUUUAUAUAACACUUGAGGCACUAAGGCUUUACGCCACCCUUCUACAGCCUGCUGUUCCUGGUCUCUCUAAAGCUCUCCUGGAACGCCUUGGUGUUCCACCUGUUCACAGGACACUCAAAGGAGGUAGCUUUCUGGCAGCUGCAUGGGGAGAGAACUGUUGCUUUCAGGGUCACCCUCUUGGGCCUGAUUGUGGGGUACUAUUUCCUAGACUGGAAAAGAAAUCCAACAAAGAACCAAUUAUAAUUGGAAAGUCAGGAUAACAGAAAAGUCUUUGUUUCACAUAUUAAUAACUGUUAAGUUUAUUUUAAGGUGUCAUAAAAGUCAUUC